UAAUACUAUCAUUCUUGUGUUGGACUUGGAGACUUUGAUAGAGGUUGAUCCAUUCAACUGCAAAAUGAGGAUCGAGCAAGAGAGUGAUGGAGUCUCCGCUUCCACAAAGCACCUCGUCUUUGCGUAUUACGUCACUGGUCAUGGUUUUGGCCAUGCCACUCGAGUCACUGAGGUGGUGCGGCAUUUGAUUCUUGCGGGGCAUGAUGUGCAUGUGGUCACUGGUGCUCCUGAUUUUGUUUUCACCUCUGAAAUACAGUCUCCUCGCCUAUUCAUUCGCAAAGUGCUUUUGGACUGUGGAGCUGUUCAGGCUGAUGCUUUGACUGUUGAUCGUCUUGCCUCUUUGGAGAAGUAUUCUGAAACGGCAGUGAAGCCGCGUGCUCAAAUCUUGGCUCAAGAAACUGAGUGGCUGAACUCUGUCAAAGCAGACUUAGUGGUCUCCGAUGUUGUCCCAGUUGCAUGUCGAGCAGCAGCAGAUGCUGGCAUUCGCUCUGUUUGUGUGACCAAUUUCAGUUGGGACUUCAUCUAUGCAGAGUAUGUCAUGGCUGCUGGACUUCAUCAUCGUUCAAUAGUUUGGCAGAUAGCCGAGGACUAUUCUCAUUGCGAGUUCCUUAUCCGCCUCCCGGGAUAUUGCCCAAUGCCUGCUUUUCGUGAUGUUAUUGACGUCCCUCUGGUAGUGAGGAGGUUACACAAAUCUGCAAAAGAGGUUAAGAAGGAACUUGGGGUAACUGAUGAUGUGAAGCUAGUUAUUCUCAACUUUGGUGGGCAGCCAUCAGAAUUGAAGCUAAAGGAGGAAUUCUUACCACCUGGCUGGUUGUGCCUGGUUUGUGGUGCUUCAGAGACUGCAGAACUUCCGCCUAACUUUGUAAAACUUGCUAAAGAUGCAUAUACGCCGGACAUUAUUGCGGCAUCUGACUGUAUGCUUGGAAAAAUUGGAUAUGGCACUGUUAGCGAGGCCUUGGCAUACAAGUGUCCUUUUGUCUUUGUCCGUAGAGAUUAUUUCAAUGAAGAACCUUUUUUGAGAAAUAUGCUUGAGUUUUAUCAAGGUGGUGUUGAAAUGAUUAGGAGGGAUUUACUGACUGGUCACUGGAGACCUUAUCUUGAACGUGCAAUAAGUUUGAAACCCUGCUAUGAAGCAGGCAUUAAUGGUGGUGAGGUGGCAGCCCACAUACUGCAGGAGACGGCUUUUGGAAAAAGUUAUGCAUCAGAUAAGCUUAGUGGGGCAAGAAGAUUGCGUGAUGCCAUAGUUCUUGGGUAUCAACUCCAAAGGGCCCCUGGUCGAGAUAUUACAAUCCCAGAAUGGUAUGCAACUGCUGAAAACCAACUUGGCCGCACAACACCUGGUUCCCCUGUGGAUGAUGGAAGAUCUGCGUUUAGCUUGGACAUUGAAAACUUUGACAUUCUUCAUGGAGAUAUUCAAGGACUUCCAGAUACUGUGGCAUUCUUACAGAACCUAUCUGAAUUACAGGACAAGCACACAAGGCGGGAGCGUAAGGCUGCAGCUAAUCUCUUCAACUGGGAGGAAGAAAUAUUUGUGACAAGAGCUCCUGGAAGGUUGGACGUUAUAGGUGGUAUUGCUGACUAUUCUGGAAGUCUUGUCCUGCAGAUGCCAAUUAAAGAAGCCUGCCAUGUUGCUUUACAAAGAAACCAUCCAAGUAAACAUAGGCUAUGGAAACAUGCUGAGGCUCGACAGAAUGACAAAGGGAGAAAUCCAACUGCUGUCUUGCAAAUCGUAUCAUUUGGCUCAGAAUUGAGCAAUCGUGGCCCAACAUUUGACAUGGAUUUAUCUGAUUUUAUGGAUGAAGACAAGCCAAUCUCAUAUGAGAAAGCAAAGAAAUACUUUGCUCAAGAUCCUUCCCAAAAGUGGGCAGCAUAUGUUGCAGGGGCAAUUUUGGUCUUAAUGACUGAAUUGGGUGUUCAAUUUGAAGAUAGUAUCAGCAUGCUGGUUUCAUCUGCAGUCCCAGAAGGGAAAGGUGUAUCAUCUUCUGCAUCUGUGGAGGUUGCUAGUAUGUAUGCUAUUGCAGCUGCUCAUGGAUUAAAUAUCAGCCCAAGGCAUCUGGCCAUACUCUGCCAGAAGGUGGAAAACCACAUUGUAGGAGCACCAUGCGGUGUCAUGGACCAGAUGGCUUCUGCAUGUGGUGAAGCCAACAAACUUCUUGCUAUGAUUUGCCAGCCUGCAGAGAUUGUUGGCCUUGUUGAUAUUCCCAGCCAUAUCCGUUUCUGGGGAAUUGAUUCUGGAAUAAGACACAGUGUUGGAGGUGCAGACUAUGGUUCUGUUAGAAUUGGUGCCUUUAUGGGUAUGAAGAUGAUAAAGGCCAAGGCAUCUGAGGAAUUGUCUGAGACUUGUGCUGCUAAUGGGUUGAGCUAUGAUGAAGUGGAACAAGAUGAUAUAGAACUACUUAAACAGGAAACCUCCUUAGAUUACUUAUGUAACUUGCCACCUCAUAGAUUUGUGACUCUGUAUGCUAAGACAAUUCCUGAGUCCAUUGUUGGUGAGACAUUUUUGGAGCAAUAUCAAAAUCAUAAUGAUCCUGUCACUACUAUUGAUCCGAAGCGUACUUACGGAGUUAGAGCUCCCACAAUGCAUCCCAUAUUUGAAAAUUUCCGAGUCGUGAACUUGAAAGCACUUUUAACAUCUGCAGCUUCAACCUAUCAGCUUACAGCCUUAGGAGAAUUGCUAUAUCAGUGCCACUACAGCUACAGUACUUGUGGACUUGGAUCUGAUGGAACAGAUAGGCUUGUAAACUUAGUGCAAGAGUUGCAGCACAGUGCAGCAUCUAAAGCUGAAGGUGGGACAUUAUAUGGAGCCAAGAUAACUGGUGGUGGUUCCGGUGGAACAGUUUGUGUAGUUGGCAGAAACUGUCUCAAGAGCAGUGAACACAUUUUUGAGGUUCAGCAGAGGUACAAGAAUGCUACUGGUUAUUUGCCCUUCAUUUUUGAGGGUUCAUCCCCAGGUGCUGGAAAAUUUGGGUACCUAAAAAUACGCCGUCGAGCUACCCCAGAAAAGGCGAACUCUAGCGAGGAUGAUGGUGCACUCACCCCGGAAAAGCCUAAUGCCAGCGAGGAUGAUGGUGCAGUUGUGGUGGAGAAUAAGAGUUGAUCAUGGCUUGCAUUUAAGCACCUUAGGAAUUCUUACCUAUGUGAUCUUUCCCCAGAAAUGUAUAGUAUGGUUAAAUUUUGUAGCACUUUAUUUUAUGAUUUAUUUAGUACAAUUUAUGGCCAGGAUGGAACUUGCUGGCAUGUUAGAAUAUCUAAAAUGUGAAUAAAUAGUGAAACAACAAAUCGUUAUGCACGAAUAAAUGGAUAUGUGAUAUUCUAAAUUUGAACUUUUCUUUUA